AUGUUGAAAUCAUUGCCAUCAUCGCAACUUCGCCAUCGACGACCACGAACCACACCACGAGUGUUUCUGCCGCGCGGACAUUGCACUCAAUUCGCCUCACCUGAUUUCCUACCUCGAACAUUGACACAGCAUACCGCGAACAUGGGCUGGUUUUCUUCAAGCCCAAAGGACGAGGGAGGGCCGGCAAAGACAUCUGGCGGCGCAUUCGAACAGCCCAAUCGAUCGAACCGGAAACAGUGCUACGCAGCACGCGACGCCUUUUUCGAGUGCCUCGACAAGAACAACGUCCUUGACAGCAUCAACACAAAAUCAGGCAGAGAGAAGGCACAGACAUUCUGUGGUCAGCUGGAUCAGGAGUUCGAGAAGAACUGUGCACAUAGUUGGGUUGAGUACUUCAAGAAGCAGCGGGUGGUCAACUACCAAAGAGAGCAGACCAUCAAGCGGAUAGAGUCCCAAGGCGGCGAGAUCGUCGCGCCGCAGCUUCCUCUUCCGGGCCAGAAGUAAAUGCGAACUUGAGCGAAUCCAGUAAUGCCCUUUUGACGAAUCCUGUACAUUAUGUAUACUACAGUACAUUAGACUGCAAGCCUGCGACUUGGUGGCAGGCUGCAAACGCGAGAUCAGCGCCUUGCAAACAAAGUUUGGCGCGCAUCCACACCA